CAUCUGUUGUUGAUAACAGUGCAAGCACAACUCAAUUGCUAAAGAACCCAGACUUUGAAAGUUCAACAACAACACUAACAGAUUGGGUUCAAUAUUGUACGAGCAUGUGUGGUUCUGGCUCGACUCCUGGAACGAUUAGUACUGGUUCAAAUUGCUAUUUAUCAACUGGCAAUUGCUAUGCCGACAACUGCUACGCUAGUGCAGGUAUUGACUUUCUCAGUCAAACAUUUACAACAACAGUCGGGCAUACUUACACAGUUUCAUUUCGUUUGGUAUUAGGUGGCUCAGGCACCACUACUGGUAAUAGAUUUUAUGCUGAUGUUGUCUCAAUAUGA